GGGUCUCUGCACGGGUUAGUUGCCCUCCAUUGGCGUCUACGUGCGGUUGUCUCUCCUUUUAUCGUCAUCGUUUCUUUAUUAAACGCAGUCGCGAGUGCAGGACAUGUGAAUGAUUUUUUAUGAUUGAUUUACCUGUUAAAUACAUACAUUUGCAUGUACAUAUGUGUACAUACAUAAUAUACUGAUAAAAGUUCUUGAUAACAGCUCGAGAUAAUUGGAAAUAUUGUGACCAUUUGUGGUGUGAAAAGUCAAAAGUUAACAAAAAUGUACUGAAAAUUAAAAGGUCAUCUAGUGGAUAGUUUCAGUAUUAGUGGGAAUAUUAGUGCAAUUGCCAUUGGAGCGCUCAACUGUUAAACGGAGUGUCAAAAACGAAUCCUGUGCAGCUAAUUGUGAGCGUAAAAACUGUGAUAAGCAAAGCGAGAGCGCGUAAAAGUAAAAUAAUAAAGGAGUAAAACAGGCAGCGAGGAGACCCUCCCAGUGCGCAAUAAUAUACAAUUUUAAUAAAACUAAAACCCGAAGCAAAUUAAAAAGCGAGCGAGCGCCAAAUGCGACACUAAAAGUAAUUAGCGAGCAAGCAGACCCAGGGAAACACAAACAAACAGAGGGACAAGUACAGCGACAGAGACAACCGACCCCUCCUGCUCGGUAAUAAAACCCGAGCUAAACUGUUAUAAAUGAUGUUGCAAUCCUUGAAUCUGCAUGCGGAUACACUGAGCAGCAUACCAGCAGGCACAGUGGCAACAGCAGCAGAGGCAGUGGCAACAGAAACAACUAACGAGGCAGCAGCAACACCAGCAACAACAAUGCUGACAACGACACCUGUUGCACUUAUUGCUAAUGGCAACAAUAGCAGCAACAGCAACGGCAACAGCAACAAUAUCCUUUAUAACAAUAACAAUUUAAAUAACAAUAACAAUUGCAACGUACAGCAGCAGCAACAGACACAACAGCAACAGUUGCAGCAGCAACAAUCCCAGCAGCAACAACUACAACUACAUCCACAGCCAGUCAAGUAUUUAGAGAAUCUAACGAGCUCUGGACCUACUUCAGGUGCCAUUGCAGCGACAACCACUUUUACAGGUGCUGCAAAAAGUUUUCAUCCAUAUUUGCGGCACAACAGCAACACCAACAGCAGCAACAGCCUCCUGCCAGCAUUAUCUACUACAGCAACAGCAGCUACAACAAAAAUGUCGACUGCAUUGUUGGAAACACUUUUACACAACCAAAUAAAUUCCAGCACAACAGCAGCAACGCUGCAGAACGUUCCAGCAGCAGCACAAGCAGCGCAAGCAGUCCCUGCAGCAACAAUACCAACAGCAGCAGCAGCCGCAACAACCGCAACAACAGCAGAAGCAGCAGCAGCGACUGCAGCAGCAACGUCAUCGCAGCUGAAUUCCGGCAUUAAUUCCAGAAGUUCAUUAGUCGACCAUAGCCUGACCGUGGCUGCCGCUGCCCCAGCCAUCUCUGCAGCAAAUCGCCUGUCCAGUCCCAUGGAGGAUGAUCUGAAGCCCGAUCUGGAUGUCAUGGACACAAACGGCAACGAAAUGUUAAAGGAUCAGCCGGAUGCUGAUAAUAUUAAAAUGUUUGUGGGCCAAAUACCCAAGACAUGGGAUGAGACGAGACUCCGUCAAAUGUUCGAGCAGUUUGGACCUGUGCACACAUUGAAUGUGCUUAGGGAUAAGGUCACAUCGAUUAGCAGAGGGUGCUGUUUUGUCACCUAUUAUACCCGAAAGGCGGCACUGCGCGCCCAGGAUGCAUUGCACAACAUCAAGACCUUGGAUGGGAUGCACCAUCCCAUCCAAAUGAAGCCCGCGGACAGUGAGAACCGAAAUGAGCGUAAACUUUUCGUGGGAAUGUUGAACAAAAAGUACACGGAGGCCGAUGUGAGGCAGCUAUUCACGGGCCAUGGCACCAUUGAGGAGUGCACCGUGCUGCGGGAUCAGGCCGGACAGAGCAAGGGCUGUGCCUUCGUUACAUUCGCAACUAAACAGAAUGCCAUUGGGGCUAUCAAGUCCCUUCACCAAAGUCAAACCAUGGAGGGUUGCUCCGCACCACUGGUCGUCAAAUUCGCCGACACGCAAAAGGAGAAGGACCAAAAGAAAAUGCAGCAGCUGCACGCCUUUUGCGGCAUCAAUGCGCUGACCAGCCAAACGCCGAGUGGAGCAUCCGCGGCUGCCAACACGCCCACCGCCAACACAGCCACCGCCCUAAUAGCGGCACCACCCACGGCGGCUAGGCCCAAUCCCUCAAUGGCAGCAGCACUGGCUGCCGUACCACCUGUGCAGCAGGCGGGCAGCGGCACACAGACAGCACUGGUCUCGGUGCCCACAUCCGCACAGUUGAAUGCCUCGUUGGCGCCUACACUGUUGGGGGGUAAUCCGCACCAAGGAGCAGCAGCAGCUGCGGCGGCCGCAGCGGCCUACCUAGGCGGAGAUCCAGCAGCAGCGGCGCACCUCCAGCUGUACCAACAGCUGCACAGCUACGGACUGAGUCCGGCACAUUAUCUGCCAGGACUAAAUUUCCAUCCACCGGAUAACAGUGCCACACACCACAGCCAGCACGGCCCACCCGGGGUCGGGACAACAUCCGUCGGUGCAGCAGCAGCAGCAAAUCUAUCGGCUGCAGCAGCAGCAGCCGCAUCCACAGCACCUCUCUCACUUGGCAGCGGCGGCCCAUCAUCAUCCGCAGCAUCCCUCGGCGGCGGCGGUGGCAGCGGCAGCAGCAUCGGGCUCCCUACCGCCGGGCAUGCUCCUAGCGCUGGACUGCUCGCCGCUCCAUCCCUGUCUAUGCAGAAUCUGGUAACACUGCUAGCCUCCGCGCCCUCACCCCACCAGCAGCACCAUCAUCAGCAUCCGCUCACCAUCGCCCCCAACAACAACAGCAACAACAAUAACAGCAGCAGCAACAGCAACCACAGCAUACACAACAUCCACAAUCACCCUGCGACCAGCAGCAGCAGCAGCAGCAGCAUCAUCAACCAACGUCAACAGCAGCACUCACUGAUCUAUGCCCAGCCCGGAGCAGGGUCCUCUGCUGCACAGCUGCUUCAGCAUCCGUACAGCAUGUCCCAGCUGAUGCCCCAGGCGCAUCAGUCGAGCGCCGGCCAAACGCUGUCGCUGAAUGCGCUCUGGACCACAAGUGCCUCCGAUCCCUACUCACCCGCCCUGAGUGGGCUGACAAAUGGAUCUGUGCCGGGUGCUGCCUAUGGCGUUUCGCCACAGUCCCUGAAUGCCAGUGCCCUACAAGCAGCCGCCGCAGGUGUGGCUGGCAAACAGAUCGAGGGUCCCGAUGGCAGCAAUCUGUUCAUUUAUCAUCUACCUCAGGAGUUCAUUGAUACGGAUCUCGCUUCGACAUUUUUGCCUUUUGGCAAUGUGCUGUCGGCCAAGGUGUUCAUCGAUAAGCAAACGAAUCUAUCCAAGUGCUUUGGCUUCGUUUCGUAUGAUAAUCCACAUUCGGCCAAUGCGGCCAUACAGGCGAUGCAUGGUUUCCAGAUAGGGACCAAGCGUUUGAAGGUCCAACUGAAACGUUCCAAGGAUGCGGCCAAGCCGUACUAGACACACACACACACACCCCAAACCCCCUUGCAGACAGAGGAUGGAUGGAAACUAUAUAGCUUAAACAAUUGUGCCUUUUAAGCAAAGUUCUGAAACCAAAGGACCAAUUACAAAAAUGUAUCUGAUAAGUGAACACACACAAACACACACACACACACAGCUAAAGCUAAAGAUAAAUAGAAAGAUAAAAUAGAGUGCACAAAUAAAAAAAGAUGAAUGGGACGGAAUGGAAUGGCAAACCAGAAAUCCAACCAAAGAAGUAGCCCAAAAGUUGCAUUCUUGUUGUAAUCACAUUUGCUGAAAAAAACCUCUCAAGCAUCGUCAUACACUACCAAACCAAAACUAUUCAAUGUGGUUGGCAAACAAAUCAAAAAAAUACGAGUAAAAAAAUAAGCAAAUCCCCCCUCAGAAAUUGUAUGAAGCUCCGUUGUGUGGCGCCAAAGUAUUUUUCAAAGCCAAAUAGUUAAGCAA